CUGAAGCAUAUUUAACGGAGCUCGGCUCGGCGCGGAUCCAUGGCGGAAGCCAAAAGGCCGGCCUAUGCCAGCUUUGCCGCUGCUGCUGUGGCGGCGACAACAGAGCUCAUCGUUAUGCAGCCGCUGGACGUCGUAAAGACUCGCAUGCACCUCCAGGGAACCGGUAUCAAGACCGGCGACAACUUCCAGGGCACGGCGGCCGCGAUUCGCGGGAUCAGACAAAGUGAAGGCUUGGCAGGCCUUUGGCGAGGCUUUGUGCCUGGUCUUUGCGUAGUCAUACCUCGCAGAGGCUUCAAGUUUGUCUUCUACGACGCCUUCAUUUCCAUGCUUUGGACCGGCAAGCAGAAGGCGCCGUUCCAGCACAGCUUGGUGGCCGGCGGCAUGGCCGGGGCCGCUGAGGCCUGCAUCAUCACGCCCUUGGAGUGCGUGAAGAUUGCCAUGCAGAGCGAGAAGGCGGCAUCUGCGACUGGCAUGGCCGAGUUUGCCGCGGCCAUGGUCAGAUCUGGCGGCGUCUCCUCCCUGUAUGCUGGCUUGGGCGCCACCGUCGCCAAGCACACUGCGCACUCGUGUUUCUACUUCGCAGCCUUUCAUGAGACGAAGAAGCAUGCGCCGAAGGCCAGCAGCCGCUUGCAACAAAUCGCCUUGGACUUGGCGUCUGGCUUCAUUGCUGGCUGUGCUGCCGCAACAGCCAACAAUCCGUUUGACGUGGUGAAGACUCGCCAGCAGGUCGGCGCCGCCGGCGCGUUGUCCAGCCACGCAGCUGGCCAGGAGUUCGCGGCGGGGCCGAGCUCCUGGCCUUCGAUCGCUUCGCAGCUGCUGCGGCAAGAUGGGAUUUCGGGGUUCUACAAGGGUUAUGUGGCCAAGGUAGCCAGGUUGGGGCCUGGCUCUGCCAUGAUCUUUUGCGUCUAUGAGCAGGUCGUGAGUCUUUUCGGCUGAGGAAAGAUGCGGCCCUUGCGAGCACUGCCAUGUGAUUGUGAUGUCCCACGUGCAGGGGGGAGGUGUAGGUGGCUCAAGCUUUAAGCUUGGCAGUCAGGAGUCAAACCCACAAUGACCCGUU